AUGUUUGACUGGGCUGUGGACGCACAAAACACCGUGUUUGUGUGCGCAAAUACAAUGGCGCUCUUCAUUGCACUGCUGUCUUAUGUGCGGAUUUUCCAAAUCGUGCGCUAUCAUCGAAAGCAAAUCUGCAUUCAAUUGUCUGAGGUGUCUUUCAGGCACAGAGAUGAAGAAAAUUCUUUGUGUACUUCGUUUUGUAGAAAAGACAGCACCUCGAAACAGUGGGAAGAAGCUAUGUCUGAAGAAAUGGACGGAAAUGAGUCGGUUAACUCAAAGACAUGCGAUAUACAUAUAGCACCAAUUAAAACCCAAGGCAAUGCGGAAAAGGCGGACUAUGAGAAAAGGUCUUCUUCCACAGAGAAGGCAUCAGUGCCACAUCUGGUGGAAGACCAGUCCUUGUGUGCUGGGAAGGAGGCAGUGACAGGCAGUGAAGCAGGGCAGAUUGGUGUAACGAAACCGGAAAACCACGAAAUCAAAACAUUGGGGGUGGCAAAGGCGAGUUUUAACCAUGAUCGUGUUUUAUCAUCAUCGAAAAGGGAAUUAAAGGGGACAGAAGCGUUCGAAAGAGGACAAGAAACCUCAAAUGGUCUGGCGAAUUCAAAUUUGAAGUUUUCAAAAAACACAGGCAGCGAGCAAAAUCAGGAUAACGUAGUUGGACUUAAGGAAGUGCACACUGAGUCGUUGGCAAGCAAGAAUUGGAUCAUCAAAAGCUGGCAUCAGAAUCAGAAAUGUGCUUCAGCAGAUUGCACUAUUGAGACAUUUAAAGAAGAUACGCAAAACGAGGAUGGUUCAUCAGAUGGUAGGGACCAAGAAGGAAUUGAAGAGACAUAUAAAAGACCAUUCGAGGAAAAGGCAGGUUUGAAAGAGAAUCAGAAUCCGAUAUGUUCUUUUGAAGAUAAUGCCGUGAGGAGUGAAAGAGAAGAAACAGAUCAAGAACAGAGAAACUUAACAGAAGUGAUGCAAGAAAACUCUGUUAGCCAUCGGAAAGAUACGAAAAACAUUACAUCAAAUCACAGUCAAAAAAUAACCACUUCUAAUCGUCACGCUCAAAGUGCAAGUUCCGCAAACAACCCAACUAUAGGAGACAAUCAAAUUGCCAUUAGAGGCAGUAAAAGGUUUAAAAUGCGGCAUUUUAAGAAGUCUGUUUUCAACAUGUUUGUCAUUUGGUUUCUUAUGCUUGUCUGCUACCUCCCUCUCAUAUGUACAUCUGCUUUAUUCACGCUGCUAGGACGAAGUUACUCGAUGCAUUUGGCCUUCAAUUUUACGACUUCUGUGAUGUUUCUCAACUCUAGUAUGAACCCAGUUGUGUUCUGCUGGAGGAUACGGGAAUUUCGCGCAGCUGUGCGAAAAACUCUGCGAGAGUUAUUUGGCUUUUGGGCCAAUCAGAUUAGUAGAAUUGAGAACUUUUCUUCCACUAUUAAUUAGUUAGGGAGGACGGAUAUUGCUGCUGUGGGUCUGUACUAGUGGAGUUAUUUUAUGCGUUCCUGCGAAACUGGCCACCUGCCCCUCCCCUAAUCCAACAUUUUGCUCUAAAUGAGAAGUAAGUGUUAAUGUUGGUUUAGGGGAGGGGUAGGUGGAAAGUUUCCCAAAAACGUAUAAUGAUCUCUUAUAGAGUACUAAAGUGUGACGUCAUAAUGGGAUUUGUUAUGGGAUUUGUCAGGAUGUUCAGAAAGAGCAAUGUCCAAGAGGCCUAUUUGCCAAAAAUGAGCAUUGUCUCUGAGAUCGUAGCCCAGUUAUGCUUAGAAAACUCCAUACAAACCCUUGUAAAUUUUUUUGGGGGUCGACCCAAUGCUCAUUUUUGACAAGUAGGCUUCUUGGACAUUGUUCUUUCAGAAUACCCUGACAAAUCCCAUAAUUUCAGAAAUUUCAUUUUUAUGACGUCAUCACUUUAGUACUCUAUUACUUCUUUCCUUUACCCAUACAUAAAAUGCUCUUGUAGAGCUACGAAGAAGAUGUUAAACAAAUUUCACCAGGGAGCACUAUCCUCAAUGAUUUUUUAGUGAUUUUUGCAGGCAUCGCAUUAAAACUUGAAAACGUUGGCCCAAUUUUUUCUAUUCUCAAUCCAUGUCCAUCCUUAAUUGCCAUCUCUUACAACAGACAACAGGAAACAGUUUCAAUGCGUAAAUGUAGUGUUAAAUUACAAAUCUAGACCAUUAUUUUUGGAAUUCAGUUGAAACGAAGAAAAGUUUUAGCUAUUUUCGAAUAAAGAAAAUAGCGUGAGAUAGGAUCUUUAAGAGAUAUAUAUUAGCAGUAGGAUUUUAGCAUUUUAUACCACUUAACAGAUAGUCAAAUACAGACCUGAUGUUCAACUAAUCUAUCCUUAAGCUAAGUGCCUUAUAUAAACCGAUUAAAUGUCGGUGGAUGCUAAUAUAACCGCGCUUCUUUUUUUCGCUUCAAAAAGGCGAGCAUUUUUAACUUCGAUAUGACGGAUAAACUCAGAUUAAUACACUUAUCCUUGCUACGCGUGCCAACUGACGUAAGAGCCUAUUUCAUGUAUGCGUGCACGCACAACAUGGAACAAGUGUAUUUGUUUGUUCACCAUAAACUGUUUUGAGCUUUAUCGCUUAGUCUCGCUUGCCCGAUUUUAAAUAUUAUAAACGCAAAAAGCGCCAACAACACCAUAAAAGCCCAUACAUACAUACAUAUAUACAUAACCUUUAUUUUAACUCGAAUUUUAGAGUAGCUACACUAUAUAGCUAAUAUCUUUGAGAAACAAAUUAAGAUAUCUAAAAACUGAAAAACAAUACCCACAAAAUAAGACAAACAUUAGUGAAACUAAUUAAACGUAUCGAGACUUUGCUCACGUCGCUUAAACUCAUUAAAAGCACUGUUCCUUAAUUAGUCGGGAAGAUCGUUUUGUUGCUGAGCGGAAAAAUAUGAAAAAGAGUGUAGUCCAUAGGUUGUAAUGUUCUAGGCUUACUUAGAGUCAACAUAUGGGUAACGCACAAGUUAUAGGUUGUAUGGCGAACAGAAAACAUAUUCCUCAUAUAAGUUGGAUACUCAUUAAAAAAUAGACUCUUGUAAACUAGUAUAAAAAAUUCUUAAUGCGGUUGUUUAAAACAAAGAAGUUGAGUCGAAUGUGGUGGAGUCGAGCUGUUCUCUUGACAGAAAAAUAGAAUGGUGAUGUUUAUCGGAAGAUGCAAAUAAAUUUGCCUCAGAGGCAAGGUAAUGCGCCCUUAUGGCCAAUGAGUGAGUCUCCCUUUUAGCAUAAUGCAAUUGUACCAUGCACCUAAACAAAGCGCGUUUAUACUGCUAUCGAACAUACUCCUUACAGAUUAGGAGGUUUGAUUUUUUCCAUUUCUGCAAUUCACUUUAUUUGCUUCACUUCAUUAUGAAAAUUUUUUUUUUUUUCCGACAUUAAUUCUUACGGUAUAUAUUAUUUCAGUUAUUUCACCGGAAAGGCAUUUUAAUAGCAUUUUGACAGCCGCUGUCAUUCAAAUUUGUACCUGAUUGCCAAUUUACCUCAAGGCGUCGUUUCAAGAGCCCAGCCAAACUAGUCUGCGUAAAAGCUGAGUAUAUUUUGGAUAAGGAUAUGUGAAACUAGCUUUAAUUUACUGUUUGCCAUUUGCGCGACACCUAAAUGAGUUAAGGUCGACUUGUCGGCCUCAGCUGGGAACAAGAGAGAAAUCAUUGUCACCUGUCCUUCCCUCCCCCCGCGCCUUUUCGUAGCGUUUUUUUUCGCUUGCGGAACUGGUAACUGCGAGGCACUUGCCGCCCUUAUUUGCAUGAAUUACUAUUAACAUAAGUAUGAACAGACCUCUUUAGCCUGUAAGUUUUGUUUUCCAAGGAAAAUCUCAUAGAAAUUUGCCCGUUUCUCCUAAAUUAUGCGUAGAUACGCACGUGAAUUAGACCAAAUAAUUUGAAAGAAAUAGUUCUCAAGAGUAUUAUCACAUGAGCUACAUUGGGAAAACAAAACCGACAAGCUAAAAAGGUCUGCCGUUGAAGCUCAUAGCAAUGUAGCGCCCGUAUGAUGAAUUAUGUAUGAGCUCUUAGUGAAAUCUACGUACCACCGGUUCGCCAUUUUCACUUUGCCCAUGAUACACCUUGUUUACCCCCCAAAAUUUUCCAUCACUAAUGACUAUAGUGUUCAAUUUCUGGGUAUUACAGUCAUCCCUUCCCUGCUAGUAGAGGUCUCUCACGGCAAGAUGAAAAAUGAUAGGAAAAAGAAGGACCUCUGCCGGCCUCGCCUAUUUCCCUUUCGUAAACGGUCGUUGCCAUUUUUAACGGUCGAUGCCAUCAUUUGUAACCAAGCUUUCAUGAUAGAUGUAAUAUAAUUCCUGGAUUAAGUUACAGAAAGGAAAAUAAUACGUUUUUGAAUAGUCUUAAAAAGAACGAUGAUGACGAUGAUGAUGAUACCUUUAUUAAAGUGUCAAAACUGUAAUAGCGGUGUAUAACCACUAAGUGGGGACACUAAAAUAAAUUAAAAGGGAAUAAAUCAAUUAAUAAAUUAAUUAAAAUUAAGAAAAACUAUGUACAGUAUAAGCAAGUGAAAAAUUCGUGAGAACUAUAUACAAUAUGUACAAAUGUAUCCAUAAUCUUAUAAAAAAUAAGAAGUAAAAGAUUAAGAAGUGCAAAGAGAGCAGCCAGAGCAGUUAUUGUCAUCUAAUAGCAUGCUAAGAUCCACUUUUCUGAUGUUAUAUUUGAAGGAGGACAACGUGGAAGCUUUUUUCACGUUACUAGGAACAGAACUCCAUCCUUUGGGCCCAUAUACCUGAGCGAGUGCUUUCCAAAGGAGACUGUGUUGAAUCUGGGUAUAGUGAAGUCAUGAUUGCGUAGUUUAUACUUAAUUGCAGGCUGUUCAAAGAGAGUGCUAAUGUAUGUUAGGCACAUGUUGUUUUUAACUUUAUACAUGAGAAUAGCUAUGUCCUGUAGUCGCCGGUUGUGUAGAGUAGAUAUCCCGGCCAUAGAUAGUAAUUGACCAUAGGACGAAUGUUUAUCACAAUAUAUAGCCCUAAGUGCUCUUUCCUGGAUGCGCUCUAGUCGUCUAGAAUCACUAGCACGGCAAAAAUGCCAUAUAAGAUGACAGUGGGUUAAAUAUGGGAGAACAGCUGCCUUGAAGCCCAAGUUGAAUUUUCGUUAAAAGUUAUGGAAAGGGCUUGUGUCACGUGUUAUUGAUGUAUCAGUUCGGGAAAACAGUUUGUUGGUUUAUGUACUCAAAUUUUUCGGAAUUCUUGCCGUUCGGUGCGGUAGUGUAGUUAUGAGGGAGAGAGAUAAGGAUACGAAAGGUCUGGCUUCGACCCUGCGUUGCAAUUUUUUUUUUUUAACAUAAUCACUCUCAAUAACAACUCAAAAAAUUUUCCAAGUGUCUUAAAAAUGGCAGCGACCGUUUGCAAAAGGGACGAUUGCGCCGGCCUCCGACGCGUUCUUUCCCGUAGCCGCCGGCUUCAUCUGUGGCCGAAACUUACUGUUUUAAAACUGGCUUCGUUUAAUGUGAAAUGCGCGUGCCCUGUUAAGACUGUACGCUGGAAAUUUCUGUGCCCACAGUUGUUAUCGCGCAAUCCUGUUUUGUAAGUUGUGUCGCACGUGACUUAAACGUCAGUGGUUGUUAAGGAAACGCUAGCGCAUGCGUGAUAGAAAACGCCGAAUCCGAGGCCGGCAGAGGUCUCUCCCUUUCCUCCAUUUCUUCUCUUGCUUAAAAGUCCUCUGCUAGCUAGCAGCAAAAGUCGUCCCAAGCGUAAUUAAAAACAUUACUUUAACAAGUUUGGCAGGUAAACAAGGUGUAUUAUGGGCAUGGUGAAAGUGGUAAAUUCAAGACAACUCUCCCCCUUCCCUUUCUCCUACCCCCUCCCCAUUCCCCUUCACCUUCAUAACCUGGAAUUGAGCACGAGUUCAAUGUAAUAAAAAGUUUCAGUUACCUUUCAGGGAAAAUUGUUUGUUAUUAAGGUUACUUUCGUUGGGAAUCGAGAUUUUAACUCUGAACUCAGUCUUUUAACUUGCUGAGCUAUAGAAAUAACGUAUUAACUUUCGAAUAAUAUAUAACAUUCUAACUGAUGUUAAUUUUCAGGUUAUGAUUCUCAAAUUCGAUCUUCUUUCAUCGUAACGAUUGGUUUAUCCUCUGUUGCCACUAUUUAAAGUGAGACAGAACGGAUUCUGUGGUAAUUCUGUUGAAAAAUUUAAAAACACCUCUUCUAAGAAAAAAACCGUAUACCUUGAAAUGGCACAAGUUUCUACUUAAGAAUCUAUAUCGUUAGAUAGAUAGUUUGAUAUCGCAACUAAUAUGUUUAUUCUUAAGAUUAAUACAUACUAACCUAUGAAUAAUAUAAUAAUACGCUUACUGAUAUUAAUUUCCAAGUUAUGACUCUCAAACUCCAUCUUCUUCCAUCGUAGCGAGUGGCUUUACCUCAGUAGUCAGUGCUACUCUUUCAAGUAAGACGGUAAUUUUAUAAUAGAAUUAACGCCUCUUCUGACAGUAACACAUAAACCGCUAAAUGACUAUUGUAAUGGGUGAAGCGUCGAGUAUACUAUCAAAGCCGACAUAAUACCUCUCUUUUCUUUCUUUUAAACAAUUUUUUUUGCUUCAUUCUCCAUCUAUAUAAUAUUGUGAUUCCUAUCAUAAAUUCAGUAAAAUCUGUAAACCUAAGAAGCCUGGUAAUGGCCAGCCGAAAUAUUGUUAUGCCACGUUGUUAUGAUCAGCUUUGCAUUAGUCUUUGCGGAGAUCCAACGUUGACAACCAUCAGGAUCGUCGUUCACGGUUUUUGCAGUUUAUUUCUUUAUCAUAAUACGGAGGCCCCGUUUUUAUGGAGAAAAUUUGUCUCGGGUGGAAGGGUCACCCUACCCGAGGAGCCCUGGGCGAGCCAACUUCUCAUACAAUUCCUUUCAAAAAGUGGCGGAACGUUGCAAAACAAAGUUCGCUCGGCUACGAGGGUAGCCCGCCUUGCCUUGUCUAAAUGCAAAUUCCACUGCAUUGCGAACACUAAUAGUGUCGAGUGAGAGAGUCUUCAAAUGGUUUUAGCAAAAGGCUGUCUGGUGAUUCUAAACAAAGACGUUUCUGCGAAAACCCGGAUUUUCUCUUCUUGUUAUGAGCUUACAGAUGGCAAAGAUGGGUUAGCCAAUAAGAAUGAGGGAUUUUUCAUACAAUAUUAGUGGAUCAGAAUUUUACGAAUGAAAAUUAAUUUAUAGGUUAUGACCCUCAUCGUUCAUCUUCCUCCAUCGCAGCAAGUGGUUCUACCGCAGUAGUGAGUGCCGUUUUGCCAAGUAAGACGGCUUCCCCUGUAGAAUCAACGUUAUCUUCAGAGGUUAUGCCUGCGGCCGGCUCCUCAAUUGCGCCAACACCAACUGAAGCAGCGACAGCUUCCGAAACGUCCACAAUUGUCGUUACUGAAACACCGACUAGUUCUACGAAGGAACCGACUACCACAGCAAAACCAGGCACAAAACCUUCAGAUAAGGUAUAUCGUUUUAAAGUGGCUAUAUGGAAAACAUAAAGAAAGAAGACUGUUAUACUACUAAAGCGGUGGGGGGGGGGGGGGGGGUGUUUUUUUUUGUCUUUUAUAAAAAACCCAC